AUGGCGUCCAUGAGAAACAAUUUUUUCAAGAUGGAGAGAGCUCCUGAAGCUCGCAAAGCCCCUGGGAAUGCAGGUCACACAGGCACAUCUGGUGCAUGGAAUAACUGGAUUGGCCUGAACCAAUAUGUGAAUACACCUUUGGAAGAUGUCAUUGGUAAAAUGAGCUUUGAAGAAACCAUGAGUUGCAUCCUGCGAUUUUUAGCCCAAGAUGCCCAGUAUAUGGACUCUCUGCAGCAACCCCAGGGUACAGAGGCCCAUGGAAAAGGCUUUCUUGAAAACUCAAAUCCUACCCAGCGUUCAGGUCCUGUAAUGCAAAAGCAACCAGCUGCGUCUUGGGAUCAAAAUCCAGAGCAAUCAAACAGGAAUCACCGUGAAGAAGAAAGUCAGAGAGCGCAGAGCGGGCAAGACGGAGGAGCAGGAAAAGAAGGAGAGGAAGAAGCGGAGCGAGCGGAAAAGGAGCAAGAGGAGCUGGAGAAAGAUGAGAAAAGGGAAAAUAAGGCUCCGGGUCCAACAUCAAGAUUCGUCAGCAAAUCGCUCAUGACCAGUCUCUGGGAGAGGUUUAAAGUAAACAAGCACCCUACAGUACAAGACGUCCUGUCCCUGUCGUUCCAGUUUAACAUGACGGAUAAGCAGAUAAUUAAAUGGUUUUGUGAAAAGAGAAAGAAAUACAAAGAAAUGACCAAGCAGAAGCAUAUCAAAAAACUUAAGAGGUAA